UGGCACGACUUGCUCGAGAAAACCAGAGCUUUCAACUUCCGAGCUUUCAUUUGUCCAUUUCCGUUUCUGAGGAAAAGUCAAUUUUCUAACAAAAGAUCAGUUGAACUGAAUUCGAAUUCUUCGAACCCAUCAUGAAUCACCGCAAUCGCAACAGUCCAAACGAGAUUUCUCAACCACUCGUUUCCGGUUCGGCAAUGGAAGAAAUCAAGUCCGAUUCCACUCCCCAGCACCGCCUCAUCCCGGUGGAACCCCAGGUCGUGCUAUCAGAACCACCCAAAUCGAAGCGUGUUGCGUCGCUUGAUAUCUUCCGAGGUCUCACCGUUGCGUUGAUGAUUUUGGUUGAUGAUGCUGGGGAAGAAUGGCCUAUGAUUGGUCAUGCACCAUGGAACGGUUGCAAUCUUGCAGAUUUUGCGAUGCCUUUCUUCUUGUUCAUUGUUGGGAUGGCCAUUGCACUUGCCCUUAAGAAAAUACCAAGUCAACUUAUGGCCAUUGAAAAGAUCACCCUUAGAACUUUAAAGCUCCUUUUCUGGGGGCUUCUGCUACAAGGUGGCUAUUCACAUAAGCCAGACAAACUGACUUAUGGCGUUGACGUGAAAAAGAUCAGGUUGUGUGGCAUUCUCCAGAGAAUUGCUUUUGCAUAUUUGGUUGUGGCACUUGUGGAAGUACUUUCCAGAAAAGCACAAUCCAGGGAUCAACCAGCACAAUCCAGGGAUCAACCAUUCGGCCACUUUUCUAUAUUCAAGUCAUACUUCUGGCAUUGGCUGGUUGGAGCUUGUAUUCUUGUUGUUUACUUCACUCUCCUCUAUGGAACAUAUGUUCCUGAUUGGCAAUUUACCGUCAAUGACAGUGAUAGUGAUUAUUUUGGAAGAAACUUCACUGUAGCAUGUGGUGUUAGGGGAAGUUUGGAUCCUCCAUGUAAUGCUGCGGGAUAUCUUGACAGAAAAUUGCUGGGAAUCAAUCACUUGUAUCCGUACCCUGCUUGGAGAAGAUCUAAAGCUUGCACCGAGAAUUCUCUAUAUGCAGGGCCUUUUCGAAAUAAUGCUCCAUCAUGGUGUUUUGCCCCUUUUGAACCUGAAGGAAUUUUAAGUUCUAUAUCUUCAAUUCUGUCCACAAUCAUCGGAGUGCAUUUUGGGCAUGUUCUAAUACAUUUUCAGGAUCAUUCAGCUCGGCUAAAGCAAUGGAUUACUAUGGGAUUCGCUCUUCUUAUUUUUGGACUUGUUCUUCAUUUCACUCACGUAAUUCCAAUAAAUAAACAGUUAUAUACUUUAAGCUACGUCUGCGUGACGUCAGGAGCUGCAGCAUUGGUUUUCUGUGUCUUCUACUCUUUGGUUGAUAUUUGGGGUCUGAAGUACUUGUUUCUGCCAUUGGAGUGGAUCGGGAUGAACGCGAUGCUCGUGUUCGUUAUGGCAGCAAUGGGCAUUUUUGCAGGAUUCAUCAAUGGCUGGUAUUAUGAAGACCCCCACAACACACUGAUAUAUUGGAUAAAGAAGCAUCUUUUCAUUGGAGUUUGGCAUUCAAGAAGAGUGGGCAUCCUCCUCUAUGUAAUCUUUGCAGAGAUCUUGUUUUGGAGCAUUGUCGCCGGGAUCUUGCACCGGUUCCGCUUAUACUGGAAGCUAUAAGAAGACACUUUAUUUUGKGGCAUUGUUGUCGGGAUCUCACAUCGACUUCGCUUGUACCGGAAGCUGUAGGAUAGUUUUUGAUUGUUCUUGAUGCUGAAACUCUGUCUCUCCAUGAACAGAUUAUCUUCUGUGUACUAAAAAGAAUGGUUAAACUGAGUUCUGAUGUUGUAUAUUUAUUAUGUAUUUGGGGACGUAUUUUAACAUUUUUCUUUCUAGUUAGGAUCGAACCUUCAACGAUAAGAAAAGUAAGAGUUGUACUUCUAUCCACUGAGUGAUGUUUGAAUUAUGGGAGAACCCUAAUUUAAUGGUUAUAAAUGUGGGGAGUUUUCCCACGGAGGUAGUUAGGGAGAAAA